AUGCUGAGUGACUGCCAUGCGGGUGAGGGUGGCUUUGGCAGCAGCCAUGGCAAUGCUAAUGCUGCUGAUGCUUUUGAUACUCCUUCUCCUCCUGCUGCUGCUGCUGCUGCUGCUGCUGUGAAUGCAUGCACUGAUGGUUGGGAAGCCAGAAGCAGCAUCAAGGAGAAUUGGGAUGCUGGCAUGUGGUGGGAGGAGGAAGAGGCGGAAGAGGAGGAGGAGGAGGAGGAGGAGGAGGAGGAGGAGGAGGAGGAGGAGGAGGAGGAGGAGGAGGAGGAGGAGGAGAAAGAGGAGGAGGGUGAGGAAGAGGAAGAGGAUGCGGAGCAGCAGGAGAAAUUAGCAGCAGCAGUCCUUCAUCAUGCCUCUCUGUCCACUUCCUCUCCUUCCUCUCCUCGCUCUCCGCCCUCCUCGCCCACUCCGCCCUCUCGGCCCUCCCAACCCUCUCAGCCAUCCCGCCUCUCUCCAAUCUCAACCCUCCCUCCUCUCUCCCCACUCUCUCUAUCCAGCAACCACAGUUUGCUGCUAUCCGCGUGCAUGGACCUGCUGAUACAGUCUGAAGACACGAGUGCGUUGGCUGAUCAAGAUAUGCACGUGCAUACACUUGGCGAUGGGGACGGCGUGGCAGGGAGUGGAGGGGGUGACAAGUGUCCUGUGAAGCAGCCAGUGGGAGCGGAGCUCACCCAGACUGGUGGAGAUCCCCAGCCACCGUGUGCAGCAGUAGAGCCAGAUUUACCUGAAAAAACACCUGAAGCGGCACCUGCAAAGGCACCUGGGCCUUUAUCAUUCACCUGCAGUCACCAUCCGGACUAUUCUCUCAAUGCAGAAAGUGCUGAUUACAAGCCCUUUCAAUAUGCUCCUUUCUCUCAUUCACCCUUUCUCCAUUCCACCCUUCACGAUUCUCCCUUUCACCACUCGCCUAAUCCAAGCUCCCUUACCUCCCUUGCUGGCGUGCAGUAUUCAUACUCCCACACAGCGCCCCUGCAAUCUCCAUUCGGAUCAUCCCCUCCCUCCCACCCCCUCUCUCCUCUCACCCUCUCCCAGCACCCCUCCUCCCUCCCCACGCUCUCGCACUCCCCUCCGAACCAAACACUCGGCACCAGUACAGAGGCCCUACACAUGUCCCCCCUGCUGGUUCGUCCUGGUUCUUUCCCGGAUAUUGAGAUGCCUCACUCUCUGCUGCUGCUGCACCCACCCUUGACUGGCGAAGCUGGGGAAAUAAAGAGGGGGGUUAUGCGUGAGAGUGGGUUUGUUUCCCCGAUUGAAAAGCCGCCGCCGCUCGUGCUGCCAUCACUGCUACCACCUGUUCUACCACCUGUGCUGCCGCCUGUGCUGCCGCCUGUGCUGCCACCAGCGCUGCCACCAGUACUGCCACCGGUGCUGGUACCGCAGCUGAUGCCGCAGUUAGUACCACUAGAGGGCGCUGGGGAUGCUGUGGUGCGUGCUGGCUUGGAGGCGAAUCAGACAUCUCAUCUGUUGCCGCUAACUGGUGCUGGAGAUGGGAUGAUUCGUGCGGUGGAUGUGGGGGGUGUUGGGGGUGAGGGGAAGAGAGAGUGGGAUGAGUGUGAUGUGAAAGUGAUGGAGCAGGAGCGGGAUGAGGAGUGGGAGGGUAUGGAGGAGGGUGGGGAGGAGGAGGAGGAUGGGGGAGGGGAGGGAAAGGAAGGAGUAAGGGAAAAUGAAGAGGAGAGAAUGGAGUGGGAGGGGACAGCUGGCCGAAAGGUGGGGCUGUUUACUGAAGGUUCAAGAAACAAUGCAGGAACAAGAGCGGUGGCAGAGGUUGCAGCAGUGGAUGAGGCAGCAGCAGCAGGGAAGGCAGCAACAGCAGCCGCAGCAGCAGCAGCAGCAGCAGCAGCAGCAGCAGCAGCAGCAGCAGCAGCAGCAGCAACGCAUGUGGUGUGUGACAGUACGGGGUGUGACUCUGACUUUGAGGAGCGCUGGCAGCAGCUGCUGUCCCUGCAAGACAGUGCGGUGCUGUGGGGUGACUGUGACUGUAACGAGGUUGCUGUUCGUGGAUGGGGAGGAAGGAAGGUGGGAGAAACGCAGGAGGGAGGAGGGAAUGAGGGAGGAGAGAAGGUGGGAGGAGGGACGGAGAUAAAAGGAUGGGAAGGAGGACACUGGAGGAAUGGAAGUUGUUGUGUGGCUAAGGAGCUGCUUGACGCUCUGCAUACCUACGCCGCCUCUCUCUCCUCCCUCCGCUCCUGCCUCGCCUCUGCUGCCAACACUGGCACAGCCAAUUUCUACUCCUCUCUACCCCUGGCGGUCGUGAGCGGAAGCUUUCAUGAAGCGGCCAUGGCAAUCGAGCAGCAUAUGGAAGUUGUGAAGAGGAAGGAGCGCCUAGAGCACGCACCAACGGCAGCAGCAGCAGUUACAGCAGCAGCCCGGCCCAAUGCAGGAGGAUCAGGCGGAGCAGGGGAAUCGCAGCAAGAGCAAGAGGGGGCACGGCAAGUGGGUGCUUCAAUGUCGGAGGAAAUGCAGCUGAAUGGCAGCAGAGGGGAGCAUGAGCGGCUGCAGCAGCAGCUGCAGCAGCAGCAGCAGCAGCAGCGGUGUUUGCCAGAUGAGAAGACAGCCAUUCUGCGAGCCUGGCUCUUUGCACAUUUCCUCAGCCCGUACCCGACAGACGAGGACAAGGAUGAGCUUUCUAAGGCAACACAGCUUACCCGGGCACAGGUCUCGAAUUGGUUUAUCAAUGCACGUGUGAGGAUUUGGAAGCCAAUGGUGGAAGAAAUAUGUGGCACAUUCAACAAUGCAGCGGCGACAGAGUUGUACAGUGAUUAG